CACAUAUUAUUCUUCCUCUCCUCCCCUUUUGCUGCCGAGACGGUAACUCAUUGAUUUACGCACACACUUCACUUUCUCUCUCUAUAAUUUUGAACUGCACUCCUCCUCUCUGUGAUCAUCCCUUCCAAUGGGUUCUCUUCAUAUUCAGCAACCAGAAAAUAUAGGGAGUGAAAUAGAUAUGCAGCGCUUAUCGAUAUAUUACUUUGUAUAGUUGUAUAGACAUAAAGAAGCCAUAGAUUGAUGGUUGUACACGUUUAUAUGUGGACAAUAAUACCAUCUGAGCCCUUUUUGAAUUACGUGCAAUCCCGGCUCUCCGAAACAUUCAAUUUGUGUGCAGGUUCUCGUUCUGAUUUAUUGAUUUACCGUUCUUUUUUGGCCCACUAGAAUUCUCUGUUCGUAGUUCUUACAGUGAGCUUUCAUUAGCUGCUAUUUAUUUAUUUUUUCGCGAAAUUUUGGUGUUUAUUGUGGUUGCUAGCAAAUAUGGCAUCAUAUCAUGGGAAUACUCGGUCGGGAGCCCCUGAAAUUGAACAAAUAAUUACUGUAAUUUUCGCUGGAUGUCUUCAUAUAAUUCUUGAAUCGCGGUGCCCGUAUGUUUCAUUUCCUAAGCAUAGCAGUGAGCAAAUUUUGUCAUUCCCAUUCCCAUCGCCAUCCUCGUCCCCAUCCCCGCCGUCAUCAUGUUCCUCGUCGAGUAUUGGGCUGAGGGAUAAGUGGUUUAAACUAGCACAUAGGGACUGCCCUGCGGCACUGGAGAACAUAGGGUUUUCGCAUCAGAGUAAUCUCGAACCCAUGAUUGUUGACGUGAUUCUAGUUAAAAGGUCAGGCAAUUGGGACCUUGUGAAUUAUUCCCCAAAAAGAGGGUAUGCAAGGAAUUUGUCUGGCAAAGAGUGGUACCGUUGCAGUUCUGAAAAUGAUGAAUUUGGGUGUGAGAUUGAGAGUGAAAAAAUUAUUGAGAGGUGGGUUGUACAGUAUGAGAGUAAGCAAAGCGGUGACAAUGGUGGUGGUGUGAUGGGGAGUAAUCGAGCAACUUGUAAAAGUUCGCAUGAACUAUAUAAGAAGUCAAUACUGUUAUUGAGGUCUUUGUACGCGACUGUUAGACUUUUGCCGGCUUAUAAGGUUUUUCGUGAUCUCAUUUCGUCAGCCCAAAUUCGGGCAUACAAUCUUGGUCACCGGGUAUCAUCAUUUGUUGAGCCGUUCACAGGUAGAGAAGAGGCAGAUAUGCAAAGCUUUGUGUUCCCUCCACUUGACACUUCUUGUGGUAGGCUCUGCCUCUCAGUGGUCUAUUUCUCAUCAGAGUUGGAUAUCAUUUCUGAGCCCUCCACCCCAAUUUCUCCACAAGUCAUUCACGAAUACGUUGGGAGCCCAAUGGUGGAACCACUUAAGAGGUUUACAGCUGUUCCUGUGUCUCAAUGCUCCCCGUCUUCGUCUCCAUUUGGGAGACGUCAUAGCUGGAGUUAUGAUUUAUAUAGAGUAUCUCCGUCUUCAGUAAAUCCCUCACCUUCACCUACAUACUCUGAAUCUUGUGCUUCAAUGCCAAAACAGCUAUCACAUCGGUUUCCUCCAGCAAGUUUACGUCAUCAUAUUCCCAAUGAAACACCUCCAGCUCACAUGAAAGAUCCAAAUUUUCAUGAGUACUGGCCUUCCCCUACAUUUUCGCCAUCAUCAUCGCCAUCUCCAUCACCACCUGCAUACAAUCCGGCUAGUCAUAUAUUAAAGGCUCUUUUUCGGUCUGAAAGUGCUCCUUUUGGACUUUCUGUAUCUAGGCUUUCUCCUCUUGCUUCGAUGCCUAAAAACCAAUUGUUGCCUCCGUCACCUUCCAUGGGAACCUGUGGACACAGGGUUGCUAAGACUGAUGGAUAUGCAGGUCUGUAUCCGACUGGCUCAAUGGUCGACAAGUUGUUUGCUUCCGCUAAAGAGGAAGCUGGAAAGUUAUCCGGGGUUAAGCAAUCAUCAAACAGCUCAUCGAUGAAAUCAUUCUCUAGAAGCCCCAGUAGGUUUUCUUUUCAAGAUAAUUUUGAUGAUUCUGAAUUUUCUGGCCUAUUGAUUCCGGAUGAUGAUGACCUACCCGAAUCAAGUACCAGACCGGAUGCUGCAGCUCUUUUUCACUUGCUGGAGAAGGCACCCCCUCUCCGCCCAGACAUCUCUAUCACGACUAAUUUGGUGCAGGACUCCAAGCCCGUGAUUGAGGAAAUUUCACCAGAGUCACUGUUGGGGGAAUCGGCUUCUUUGAAUUUCUCAUCCUCUGAAAUAGAGUCUUCCAAAACUACAGCUGAUGCAUUUACAGAGCUUGUGGAGUAUAAGAAAAUGAAAGAAUUACUGCUGAAGCAGUGUAAAGGAACUCAGGCAUAGUCCACUGCUGUUUAUUACUAUUAUUAUUUGGUCGAAAUGGAUUUUCGAGCAAAGCAAACCUCAACUUUUUGAGUUCCUAUUAGCGUAUUUCGAAGAUUUGUAAAUAAUUUUCUUGAGUGUCGAAGUUUCUGGUCCAUCAUUGUAUAUAUUUUUAGCUUGACUUGGAAUUUCGAAAGAAGGUGUCUCUAAUCUAACUGCAGAUAUUGCAGUUGAACUCUGUGUAUGGUGUACAAUACUUUUGGGUUGUAUAUAAAUUUUGGGAAGUUGGAUAAA